AAGUCUGCAUUUCCAUUUUACAGCUAUGGGGAUCUGUCGUACGGCAGGCAGAGUGGAGGCACCAGGGCCCUCCUCUCUGUAACAGCUCAAAUGAGGAAGUUCAGAGUAGAGCUAGUCGCAGCUUCCUUUUACAGAAUAAGAAGGCAGAGGAUGAUCAAGUGAAAGAAAGAACUUCAAGUACGCACCAGGAAAAGAUGAAAACCGCCAAAGAAUAGAAACAUUGGACCUACGGUACAGAGUUUUGCUUUUUGAGCGAGCGCGGAUGCAGUUUUGAAUUUUGGGUUGAGAAACAGGAUGCCAAGUUAUCAACCGUGGUACCAUGGAAAUAUAACCCGAUCCACAGCUGAGAAUCUGCUCUCCAAGGCAGCAAGAGAUGGAAGCUUCCUUAUCCGGGCCAGUGAGUCCAUUCAGGGAGCGUAUGCACUCUGUGUUCUAUACCAGAACUGUGUGUACACAUACAGAAUCCUGCCAAAUGAGGACAAGAAACUCUCUGUCCAGGCAUCUGAUGGAGUUCCUAUUAGGACCUUCACUAUGCUGCCUGAGCUGGUGGAGGCAUAUUACAGCCCAAACAUGGGUCUGAUCACACAUCUACAGUACCCUGUCCAGAGAGAGGAGGAGGUAGACGAAGACCAAGAAUCCAACAAUUCUCCACCACAGCUUCCACCCAGGAACUUCACAGCCGACGGAAAAGAAUGUGAAACGAAGACCUCAGAGCAGGCCAGCAAGUCUCUGUCGGACACCUACCUGACGAGACUGCAGCAUAUGGACUUGUCCAUAUUAUCGGAGGAGCAUCAAACGGCCAUCCAAGAAUACUUCAGAACCUCAAUCAGCUCAGAUGCUGAGCGAGCACAUAACGGUAACCCUAACCUGCCUGGCCUGAAGAAGCUCCUCAUGGCGGUCUGCAAAAAUCUAAACAGUGAAAUUACCCGAAUCCUUCCAUGUCUGGAGCUCCUUCACAGAGCAAUAGAUCAGCAGCUGUCACCGGGGAUUGGGCCAUAUCCAAGACAAGUUUUUGUCGAUUCAGGACAGUCCAUAUCCUAUAGGCUUGAGCAGCUUACACAAUUGCUUUAUUCAAUAGAGGAAAAGGCAAAAAGUUCUGUUUUUGAGUCAGUUGGAUAUGAUGGACGUCACAGGAACUCUAUCAUCCCUGUUGUUAUAUUUGAGGUCAAACAAGAAUCUCUUGGUAUUUCCACAAAGAUGUUUCUGAAAGUGGAUGUUGAGAGUGGGAAGCUCUACCUUAAGAAAUCAAAAGAUGGGCCCGAAGAAAAAUACUUUGUGCAUAACAAAAUCCUGCAGUUGGUGAAAUCCCAGAAGAUGCAUGCCAAGCUUACAAUCAUGGCAGAGACAGAGAAAGAGAAGAUUUUGAAAAAGGAGUUUGUGUUUGAUGACACAAAGAAAAGAGAAGGCUUCUGUCAGCUCCUUCAACAAAUGAAGAACAAACACUCAGAGAAGCCCGAACCAGACAUGAUCACAGUGUUUGUUGGCACUUGGAACAUGGGAAAUGCAGGCCCUCCACAAAACAUUGACUCCUGGUUUCAGUGUAAGGGUCAAGGCAAGACGCAAGAUGAUACGGCAGAUCAUAUCCCACACGAUCUCUACGUCAUUGGCACCCAAGAGGAUCCUUUGGGUGAGAGGGAAUGGGCUGACACGGUGAAAGAGGUCCUGAGAAACAUCACAAACAUUAGCUUUAAACAAGUGGCAAUUCACACCCUGUGGAACAUUCGCAUCGUGGUUCUGGCUAAACCUGAGCACGAAAACAGGAUCUCCCAUAUCUUCUCAGACAGUGUGAAAACUGGGAUUGCCAACACUUUGGGAAACAAGGGAGCGGUCGGGGUAUCCUUCAUGUUCAACGGAACAUCUUUUGGUUUUGUCAACAGCCACUUAACCUCCGGAAGUGAAAAGAAGCUCAGACGGAAUCAGAAUUACACCAACAUCCUACGAUUUCUGAAUCUCGGUGAUAAAAAACUCAACCCAUUUGACAUCACACUUCGUUUCACACACCUUUUCUGGCUUGGAGACUUGAACUAUCGUGUCGACUUUCCGUCCACAGAAGCUGAGUACAUUGUGGCCAAGAUCAAGCAGCAGCAGUAUCAGGAGCUCCUUAAUAAAGACCAACUUAGCAUGGAGCGGAAAGAUGGAAAGGUCUUCUUGCAUUUUGAUGAGGAGGAAAUCUCAUUUGCGCCCACGUACCGGUUUGAGAGAGAAACACGAGAGAAAUACGCCUACACAAAGGCCAAAGCCACAGGGACAAAAUACAAUUUGCCCUCGUGGUGUGAUCGCGUCUUGCGGAAGUCAUACCCUCUGGUUCAUGUCGUCUGUCAAGCAUAUGGUUGCACCAAUGACAUCAUGACGAGUGACCACUCACCAGUUUUCGCCUCGUUUGAGGUUGGAGUUUCCUCGCAGUUUGUCUCAAAGCACGAUCCAAACAGCGCAUCUCAAGGUGGAAUACAAAUCAUGAACUGCGUGGCCAUCUUGUCGACAAAAUCCAAAACUAAGUUUUUCCUGGAAUUCCAUUCAAGUUGCUUGGAGAAAACGAUGAAGACUUUGGAGGGAGAAAACGCAGAACAGUCCAACGGCUCCAUUAAAGUUUGGUUUGGCAAUCAAGUUGAGCUCACGCCCAUCAUUUCUGACCCUGAGUAUCUCUUGGACCAGCACAUCCUCAUUUGUGUAAAAUCGACGGAUUGCGAUGAGUCCUACGGAGAGGCCUGCAUUGCCCUACGGGCUGCCCAGUUCUGCUACAGGGAGUUUCAGGUCACGCUGACGCACCACGGAGAAAAGACGGGCAGCCUGUCGGGGGGCAUCCAGUUACGCACAUCUGAAGGAAAACCCACCGAAAAACUAUACGAUUUCAUCAAAAUCGAAAAAGAUGACUCCGUCCCCUUGAAAGGCAAAGCUGGAGAUUCCAGCAGGUCCUCCUUCACGCAGGCGCAUGACAUUUCAAACCCCAAUUACAUGGGGGUGUCGUUCAAAAGUGGGAACUCGAUAGAUAAGGGCUGGAGUUACAGCAUCCCACCACGCAAUCAGCCCAACGCCGGGCAAGGAGGAAAAGAUCCCAAAAAGGCGCGCAGUCCCACAGGAAAACCGGGUUCCACGGGUGAGGAUGAAAAGGCAUCAGAGAUGUUUGACAAUCCACUGUAUGGCUCAAUGGGAAAAGCACACAACCGAGCCAAAGACCAAGACCAUCCACCGAUAGACCAUCUCCAAGUAACGGAAUCCCAUUUCGCACCCUCGAAAGCAGCAGAUGGAGACCCUGACCGACCCCCAGUGCCCGUCCCACGCAACCGCUCCUACACCUGUUCAGAGAACAAGCCUCAGCCUCCAGCUCCCGUCAACCUGACUGUAGCAGCACACAAGAAACCCGUGGUUCCCUCCCGUUCAGAGGCCGGAAUGGCACACAGCCGGCCUCCGCUGCCCGCCAAGUCUCGACCAGAACCUCCAAUCUCCAAAACCAGAGACUACCGAGACAACUCUGAGCUCCCCAGCAAGCACAGACUGCCCGCACGGCCUGGACAGCCUCACAAAGACAUGCAUCCAGAUGGUCCGAAGACGGGUCGUCCAUUGAACUGAGAGCCAAACGCAGCCAUCGAGUUAACAGCUUCCUGCCAUGCAUGCCCAAAAAUAAAAUUCACAAAGUUAAGACUUUAGCCAGUGAACAUCAUCGUCAUGUGAAAAGGGGCAACUAAUUUCUCUGAACUUUGGGAAAUACUUUUGCUUUUAUUUUAUAGUCAAAGGAUUGAUGGAUUGCGAUACUGAAAUUGAAUAAUAAAGACAGUUACCAG